AUGAGUACUAGGGAAAAAAUUAUGCGCUUGCUAGGGCAAUCAUCAACGAAUGCUACACCCCGCGAGGACCUAGAUGUAUCUCAGCUCAAUUCUCAGAAAUUAAGAGCAAGACCACCUCAAAAUUUAGCCUUCUGCGUGGGAAAAGAAAUAUCAUGCCUUGAUAAAUCCCCUGAUUGUCUUCGGGUCGUUAUUGCAGGGCCGGGGGUCUUCAAAAUACUUAAGGUUGAAGAUUCAUCCAUCACCGAGGAUAUUGAUUUGAAAGCAAUCAUUUGGAUCCAUGCCACGAGUCGCAGCUCAACUGUUCUCAACCCAGAACCAAGUACUAAUCUAAAUAUUGUUGCCGUGAAGUGGCUACAUGGUGGUUUAAAUAAAGUAAUUAUUGCUGCCUCAACAAAUGGGCUCAUUACAGCAUACGAUAUAAGUCAAAUAGGAGAAGGGCUGGAGAUAGCCAGAGUCAAAGCUCACGCUCGAGAUAUCUACAAGCUUGCUGUCAGUCCCCACAAACCGCAAUGGCUUUUAUCCGCCAGUCGAGAUGGAACGGUCAAAAGUUGGAACAUCAGAUCUCCCGGUGAGGAUUCAAAUAUUCCGUACCUUCGGCAGUGGCAUACUUUUAAAUGUACCUCAGAGGUUUUAGAUGUAGAAUGGUCACCAACAGAUGGAUUCAUCUUUGCAUGUUGUACAGAUCUCGGCCAGGUCUUGAAGUGGGAUCUAAGAGAUCCUAUAAAGCCCAUGUUACGGAUUAACGCGCAUUCUGGUCAGUGUAGCUCUAUUUCAUGGCACCCAAAUGGUGAGCAUGUCACAACUGGUGGACAAGAUCAGUUCUGCUUUGUGUGGGACCUUUCUAAGAACGCAAAGAAGAACCAAAAGGCGCUCCAUAUUCUUGAAACUAGAGCACCAAUUUCGAUUGUAUCUUGGCGCCCAGCGAUUCAUAGCUCUUCCACCAAUGGGAAGAAAGCCUCUCAGAUUAUCAUUGUAUAUCGGGAUGAUAGAAAGAUGGAAGCUCUAGUAGAGAUCUGGGACUUAAGUAGACCAACCAUGCCAAUCAAGCAGUUACCGUACAACCCAAGGCCUCCUCGGGAAAUGAUAAAUGCAUCUACUGUUCAACAACGGCCAGAAUUAAAGGGUCUCGAGGACACGCUUGAAGAUAAGCCUCCAUGCGACGAAGGUUGGGACACCGCUCCUAAUGGUCUUGUCUGGAAGAAACCUGAUAUUUUAUGGACAAUUAAUAACACUAUUGGUACAACAAAAUAUGGUAACAGUACUAUGAGAGAGGGCUGGUUCAUCCAGUCGGAUAUGAUGUUUGUUCCCCGCUUAAUAGACAGGCGAAGCUUAUCAAACUUUUCUUUCUCUACAGCUGGGAAGAUUUUAAUGAUUCUAGAGCAACGAUCAAUUGUUCGAAGACGCAGAUCUUCUGCUAUGAUAUCUGAUAGAUUUCCUGAAAAUUUAUGCCACGAAAGUUCAAAAAUGUGUAUCAGUCCGAGUGACUCUGAAGACGAUGUGAUAUCAAGCGUGUUAGCUUCAAAUCAGGAAAAAAUAAAGCUCCGCCGAAUGAGCAGUAGUCGUUCCGCACAGCUAAACCCAGCCUCUCCAAGCAAUAUUAGAAUUGCUGGAGGCAAAACGAUAUCAGAAGAAUCUAAUAAGGUUACUAGAUCUUACCAGUCACAACAGGUAAUGGCUGUCGGUAAUUUUCCGACUGCAUUGAGCACCUUGGAUUAUCAGCAUUUUAGUAGCCAAUACUUGACACGACUCCUGAAAUACGAUUCGAGUAACGUGCUUCCGCACGAACGUAUCAGCUCAAUAUUAGAAGAUUAUGGGUGCAUAGCCGAAAUUCUUGGCUACUAUCGCCUAUCUCAGACAUGGAGACUUCUUAAAACAAGUAUUGGUUUACUUUUGACGCGAAGAGCUGAGUACCAUCGAGACUCUCGGCUAGAAUAUCAGCAAUCGAGAUCAGACUACAGCUCAUUUAGUCCAACACAAUUCAAUCUUCAGCCUGAUGAUAGUAAAGAGAUUGACCUAAGGGCAUCGGCACAAAGACAUUUCGAAGAUAAAGUUUAUGAUAUUUUCGAGAAGAAUGUAUUUGAGAAGGAGGAAUCUACCCCUGAGUUUGUAGUCUCGCAAGCUCGUCUUUCCAGAGAUGGUAACUCAUCUCGUGAAACGGGAGUAUUGCCUUGUAUAUCGAUCAUAGAAAAUGAUGCCCUUAAAUCUUCAGAGACAACUAGCCUGGUAGAUCAUAAUCUAGCUCAGAUCCCUGUAUCCAACUCAUUUAAAGCUGAUGGAAAUAGUGGGGGACUCGAGUUGAGAUCUUACACUAUUGACUAUACAUCGACCCCACUGAUACCUCCUAGUCAAGCUAGCUCUGAGAUCGUUCAGGAGAUCUCAAAUUUGAAGGAUUUUGAUCCGAUAGAACAUUCAUAUUGUCGCUCAACUUCUAAUGGCCAAAGAGAAAAAGAACUUUCAAAGUUAAAUGACAGUUUUCUCCAGACACAAGACCACGAAGAAACCGACAAUUUAGACCAAAAUAGCUCCAGUAGUCUCGGAUAUACUUCUUCACAGGAAGCAAAACAGGCUCGAGAAGAAUCAGUACUUCAACCUGCGUUAAGGAAAAUAACAGAUCCUCAGCUUCCAUCAGUCGAUAUUAAAUAUCAAGCUCCUGCCAAUGAGGUAGAUAGACCAAAACCUAUCGGUCUACACCUCUUCACUCAUCAACCCCCUAUGAGUGCUAAGGUUGAUAAAAAUCCGUCUUUUGUACAAUCGGACUUUUUACAUGAUCCAAACGAUCCCAUAUUCACACAUCCAAUUAUAGAUCCUAUCGAUUUUAUUAAAGAACUGGUAACUUACAAUACGACCACAACAUCAACACCUAUUCACUUAAUUCCUAUCAUUCUCCUUCUUCUUCCAUUCCUCCCUCCAAAUACUAUCGAUCCUCUUCAUGCUAGCCAAAUCAUGUCGCACUUUCAUUCUCGUCUUAACAGUCUGGAGCUUUAUAUUGAAGCUGCAAUCUUGCGAAAACUCUGCGUCCCGGACUAUCCCGAGGUUUACACGGCUUUUCAUGAAAAUAUCCGAGUAAGUCCCUUUUGCACGGUAUGUAACAAACCUUUUGAUCCCAUAUCACGUAUACAAAAUUCAAACUGGAAAUGUCCUCGUUGUCAGGAAUUCAUGGCACCAUGCCCGAUAUGUGAGCAACGAGAAUAUCUUGCCAGCGACUUGGAUACGUGUGAAACGUAUAAAGGCAACUAUGAUUUUGACACGCACGAUUUUCGGCCCCUUCGAACAUGGUGGUACUGUCCAGGCUGUGCCCAUGGAGGUCACGUAGCUUGCAUUCAAGAAUGGCAUGCCACACUGGACCCCGACAAUGAUCCGGACUCCAUCUAUUCCAACGGCGGCUGCCCUGUCGUUGGCUGUCUACAUGCCUGCCUAGCAGGAAGUUGGCGGGACGAAUUAGCGAGUGAAAGGAAAUUCAGCCGAGAGCGAGAGCGAAAUACUACUGUCGGUGACAGUUUAUUCACCGGUAGUACACGGCUUACCUCCGGCGGGCCCGGAUCUGCCUUUGUCCGUUGUAGGCGAGACACAAUUCACAACUUUGCAGUUGGUGAUAUGGAUGUACAUCCAGCAACGGCUAUCGAAGAAGCUUCUUUGCACGAAGUCGAGAGGGAGAGAGUCGAUCUCAUUAACUGA